AUGGUGAUGCCGAACCGCGACAGCGAUUUCGGAGGCGCGUCACGCUUGUACGUAACCGUGCUGGGGCGCAACAACCGUGCUGGGGCGCAACAACGGUUGAUGCGUGACUACUUUGUUGACGAACCAACUUACAACCCAAGAAUUUUUAGGCGUCGUUUUCGUAUGCAAAAUGGGUUGUUUUUGAGGAUUUGUGGUGAUUUGGAGAGGGAGUAUAGGUAUUUUCAGCAAAUAUAUGAUGGUGCCGAGAAACUUGGUUUUAGUGCAAUUCAAAAGUGUACGUCUGCGAUUCGACAACUUGCUUACGGUGUUAACAGCGACUUACUUGACGAAUACUUGCAUAUGUCGGAGAGGACUUCGAGGGAGUCACUUGCACACUUUUGUUCAGGUAGUAUAGAUUGCAUGCAUUGGGCGUGGGAGAUGUGCCUCAAUGCAUGGCGAGGUACUCACACACGUGGUGAUAUUGGACAUCCGUCGAUGAUACUUCAGGCUGUUGCCUCUUCCGAUUUAUGGAUAUGGAAUGCUUAUUUCGGACAGCAGGGGUCGCAUAAUGACAUAAAUGUGUUUGGGUCCUCUCCUAUUCUUGAAGAGAUCCUUAAUGCUUGUUUUUAUGCAAAUGACAACUACUAUGCGAGGGGCUACUACUUGGGUGAUGGCAUAUACCCAGAAUAUGCCACAUUUGUGAAGACUUUUACUGACCCAGUUGAUGAGAAGAGAAUACUGUUUAAGAAGAAGCAAGAGGCGGCACGAAAAGAUAUUGAAAGAGCAUUCGGUGUGCUAAAGAAGCGGUGGAAGGUUCUUAAAAAUCCGGCACGAUAUUGGGACAGGGAGAGGAUGCAAGACGUGGUAUAUGCUUGUGUCAUUUUGCAUAACAUGAUUUUGGAGGACGAGGACAAGGCUACUUGCCAAGACUUUGAUGAGGAGGAUCCCACUUUAGUUCUAGGAUAUUGGUAUACACAAACUCCGAUGGAACAACGUCUCCAAAAUCUACGUGCGGUGAAGAAUUGA